AUGUCCAUGCCUCUUCGCCAACCCGCGCCUCCCAAGAGCCGCCCUGCCAAGGCAACCACAGGAGACGGCUCUGGUGCACGAGUGAAGGGAGGCAAGUGCGCAGCAGGCAAGGAGGGGAGGGAGGGGGUGUCGAGUGAGCGGGAGGGCAGGGAUGAGUGUGCAGAUGUGCUUGUAUCGGACUGGCAUGGGGACUUUCUGGAGGAUGAGGGGGAAGUGGAAGGGGCGAAGGGAGGGGAGGAGGAUGGGGAGAAGAGAGGGGAGGAAGUGUGGGGGGGGAAGAGAAGGAGGGAUGACGAGGAGGAGGAGGAGGAGGAGGAGGAGGAGGAUACAGUGACGGUUGCUACAAGGGUGGAGAGGAGGAAGAUUGCCAAAGCCAGGGCUGCCGGAGAGAGGGCGGAAAGGGGCGGACGGAACGGGAGGGGGAGGGGGAGGGGGAGGGGGACAGGGGCGGGGAAGCGGAAGGGGAAGGGUGCAGAGGGGGAGGACGUGCACGAAUGUGAUUCUACUGCUGCGAAACAAGGUGAGGAGGGGAGCCAUGGGGAUUUGUUGGCUCAUGCUGGAGCUGCUGCUGCUGCUGCUGCUGCUGCAAAGGAUGGUGAAGUGCAGGUGGGCGCAUUGAGCAGGGAGGGUGGGAAGGGGAGGGUGAAGGGGACGGGGAAGUGGAAGCGGAAGGGUGCAGAGCGGGAAGGAGUGCAGGAAGGGGAUUCCACUGCGGUGAAAGAAUGGGAAGAAGGGGGUCAUGGGGAGUUGUUGGCCCGUGCUGCUGCUGCUGCUGCUGCAAAGGAUGGUGAAGUUCAGGUGGGCACGUCGAAAAGGGGAAGUGAGAGGGGAAAGAGGGGAAGGCAUGGCAAGGGGUCUUCACGUGGUGUGUACAAGUCCAGGGCUGUGUCGCCUGGCAGGGCCGUGUUGCCUGGCAGGGCCGUGUCGCCUGGCAGGGCUGUGUCGCCUGGCAGGGCUGGUGCUGCUGCUCAGGCAACACGGUAUGCCACUGCAUUGGAUGCUGAUGAUGCUGAUGCAGAUGAUGAUGCUCACACUCCUGCUCACACUACUGCUGCAAGUGGUCCUGCUAGUGGCGGUGCCACAGAUGCAGACAGGCAUAAUGAUCAGGCAGACCAGUCCCAUCAGCCACAGCAGCAGCCACGGCAGCAGCAGCAGCAGCAGCAGCAGCAGCAGCAGCAGCAGGCAGCGCGUGGGAAGGAAGUGCAGCUGGAGGAGGCGAAGUGGAGUGCUGGGGAGCAGGAGCGUAGGGCAAUGGCAGAGCGCUUCAUAGCGCACGUGGCUCCCCAGUGCAGCACACGCAUCCUGCAGAGCUGCGCGUGGAUCCACGAGGUCACAGCCACUGCUGCCAAGAUGCUAGACAAAGAUGCACAGCGCUUGGCCCAGUCAAACCAGCGCGUUCACGGGGCCGGCAAAGGAGGAGUAGGGGUGGAUGUGCGUGCAGGGGAGGCAGAGCCUGGGAAGCAUCAGGAGGGUGGUGCAGUGCUGGGCAGUGGUGGUGAUCAGGGGGGGGUUGCCACCUUAUUUUCCUUUCCUUACCUGGCACAGUUAGGCCAUGUAUUACCCGGAAAACGACCCUGA